AUGCGGAAACUGUAUUUUUUAUCCAGUGACUGUGACAAGGUGCUACCACCAGGGGCUGAGGAUAUACUCAUGUUGGACAAGGACGAAAUCGAAAAACUGGAUGAAUGCGAUGUAAGGAAGUGCGAAAGCGUAACAGAAGAUGGGAACAUCUUUACUUCAUUAAUCGCCGAAAUUCACACAUAUGCACAUGCUAGGAACGUUUACAAAAAUAUUCUACGCAACCCGGACUAUGCCUGUGCCAACUAUAAUAUCCUUGUAUACCGAUUCAAAGAUGCCCAAGGGGGAGUGCAUGACGGUUAUUGCGACAAUGGGGAAUACGGGGCCGGACGUCGACUACUUAAGGUACUGGUUGAGAGAGAAGUAUCAAACGUAGCGAUUGUCAUUUCGAGGAAGAAUGUUAAACAUUUAGGUCCCCGUCGGUUUGACAUUAUGAAGGAUCUGGUACACAAAGCCGUCAGCCACACUUGUUAUUAA